ACCACAUGUUCCCAGCGAACGGUGGGGGGCGGGGAAGGGAGAUACCGAGCUGCUGAGGGGCCAAGCGGGAGCAUGGAGGCGAUCCGCGCCGGCAGCGCCCCCCUGCGCUUCAAAUCCAACUAUGCCGUGUCUAGGAAAUUUGAGCCUUUUUACAAAGGAGGGAAAGUUCAGAUCAGCGGAGAUGGAAAACACAUGUUUUGCCCAUGUGGGACGAAACUAAAUAUAAUGGACAUAGAAACAGGAGCCCUUGUUCAUAGCAUCGAACAGGAUGAACAAGAGGACAUUACAUCAUUUGUUCUUAGCCCCGAUGAUGAGAUUCUUGUGACGGGAAGCCGGGCAUUGCUGUUAAAACAGUGGGAAUGGCGACAGAACAAGUGUAGACGUACAUGGAAAGCAGUGCACACAGCACCAGUGGCCACUAUGAUCUUUGACCCCACUUCCACUUUAUUGGCCACAGGUGGGUGUGACAGCACCAUUAAGAUCUGGGAUGUAGUCAAACAGUACUGCACGCAUAACCUGAAAGGAUCUACGGGGGUUGUACACAUCGUCCAGUUCCAUCCCGAUAUUUCCCGCUUGCAGCUCUUCUCCUCCUCAAUGGACUAUAUGAUCCGGAUCUGGGACCUGAAAUCCAGCAAGUGUAUUGCCUCUCUCAGUGGCCACUACAGUGCUGUCACGUCUCUGACUUUUGCUCCAGAUAGGGACACACUCAUCAGCUCUGGUCGUGAUAAAAUCUGUAUGAUAUGGGACCUGAAAACAAGAGAAGCCAAGAGAACGGUCCCUAUAUAUGAGAGUGUGGAGGCUGCAGUAUUGUUACCCAAGGAUGGAGAUUUCUCACACUUGGGUGUGAAGAAACGAGGGCUUCACUUUCUCACAGCUGGCAGCAAAGGGAUCCUGCACAUCUGGGAAGCUGCCACAGCUGCCUGCGUGUACACCCAGCCCGUGCCCUACCAACGUGUGAAUGCCAAGGAGGAAGAAGAGGGCAGCACACACAGUCUGACACAUUGCAUGCUGGUGCCUGGGAAAAAUGAGAUCGCAACUGUGACUGCUGAGCAUAAUAUCAUCUUCUACGAUGCCCAGACGCUUCAGCUCAGAAAGCAGUUUGCAGGUUACAACGACGAGGUUCUGGAUGUGCGGUUCCUUGGCCCUGCUGACUCUCACAUUGUUGUGGCUACCAACAGCCCUCAGCUAAAAGUGUUUGAGCUGGCAACGUCGCACUGCCAGAUCCUGUAUGGCCACACAGACACGGUUCUUGCCCUGGAUGUCUUCAGAAAGGGGUUGAUGUUUUCUAGCUGUGCUAAGGACAGAAGCCUCCGGGUUUGGCAGAUGGAUAAAGCAGGCGAUGUGGUCUGCGUGGCCGAAGGAUUGGGUCAUGCCCAUGGAGUGGGUGCACUCUCUUGCUCAAGAAUGAAAGAGAGCUUUGUAGUCACCAGCAGCCAAGACUGUACCAUCAAAGUCUGGAAUCUCCCAGAGUCCCUCGCUGCCAAAGCAAAAGCAGGCUUGGUCUCCAGCCCUGAAAUUCUUCAUGCCCACGUAACGGAGAGGGGUCACGACAAGGAUAUAAAUAGUGUGACGGUUUCUCCAAAUGACAAACUGAUUGCCACUGGCUCACAGGACAGGACGGCCAAGCUGUGGUCCUGUCCUGAUUGCUCUCUGAUGGGCAUCUUCUCGGGACACACACGUGGGAUCUGGUGCGUGCAGUUUUCUCCUGUGGAUCAAGUCUUGGCCACCUCCUCAGCAGAUGGCACUGUGAAGCUGUGGGGUCUUCAUGACUUCAGCUGUCUGAAGACUUUUGAAGGUCACGACGCCUCUGUGCUGAAGAUAAUUUUCGUGAGCCGGGGGACACAGCUUCUUAGUAGCGGUUCUGAUGGGCUCCUGAAACUUUGGACGAUUAAAACAAAUGAGUGUGUGAAAACCUUAGACGGUCAUGAAGAUAAAGUGUGGGGUCUCCACUGUAACAAACAGGAUGACCUGGUCGUGACAGCAUCCAGCGAUUCCUGUGUCAUCCUGUGGAAGGAUGUCACUGAAAUUGAACUGGAAGAGGCGCAAGCUAAGCAGGAGGAGCAGAUUAUGAAGGAUCAAGAGCUUUCCAACCUGCUCCAUGAGAAAAAAUAUCUGAAAGCUUUAGGGCUGGCAAUCUCUUUGGAUCGGCCACACACGGUGCUAACAGUGAUCAAGGUUAUCCUUAAGGAAACUAAUGGGAAAGAGAACUUAGAAAAGAACAUCCUUAGACUGCGGAGGGAUCAGAAAGAGUCAGUGUUGAAGUUUUUGGUGACAUGGAACACAAACUCUCGAAACUGCCAUGAGGCUCAGGCUGUCCUUGAAACCCUCCUAAAGCACGAAGCGCCAGAGUGUCUCCUGCAGUAUGAGGGGAUCAAAACUGCUGUGGAAUCCCUUCUGCCAUACACCGAGCGCCAUUUCCAGAGACUAGGCCGCUUAUUACAAGCCUCUAUGUUCAUCGAUUUCAUGUGGCAAAAUAUGAGACUAGCAGAUGUGUCAAAGUUGGAAGAGGACAUGAGUCUGUGACCUUUUAUAUGCUGCUUGCAGUAUACUGAGGGGAAUGACUGGUGAGCCAAGGAUACGCACACUGACUGAAGUGCCGGACGCUCACAUUAGUUCCCCUCCACCCCAAGUUGGAGUUUUGAGUAUUUUUAUAAUAAAUAUUUCAAGUUCGAUUUUAUAAAUGAGUGAGUCCAGUCUCAACUUGCUGUCUCCUCAGUGCCGUAGAUAACGAGGGGAUAUGCUGCCUGCCCGAGUCUGAGUCCUCCUGUGUCUGUUCCAGAGCAAAUGUCCUCUUAUCAUUAGCACUGCGUGUUGCGAGACCAUCUCAACCCCCCCAUCUUUGUCUAUGCACCAGCCUGUAUCUCUUCUCAUUCUCCUCUGUAUUGACCUUCAGGAAAGUAUCCCUCACUUGUGCUGAGCUUGCUAAGAUUUCAGCUCGCUUGUGGCUGUGUAGGUUGGGUGUUGGUGCACACAGCCCUUUCUUUAGGGUAACCUGGGGCCUGGAGGGUGUGGGCAUUACCAGCUUUCCAUUCUACCCAAGAAAAAGAGAAAUGCAAGCAAUGUUUCCUGGGAUGGAUUCAGUAGACUUACAUCACUGAAGCUGUUUGGAGGGUCAUAGGAGCACAUUGGUAAAGGCCUAAAUCUCAUUGUUACUGAGCUGUUUGCUAAUCUACAUCUUUGCAAUAGCAGCCCAGCACAUCUGCACUGCUGUGCACUCCGGCAACCUAAGCAAAAUAUGCACAUUGGUGUGUUUGUUUUAUCUUUGUUGCAUGGACAUUAACAGCAGAAUACCAAGGAAAAAAGGAGUAGGAUGUUACUGAAUGCAAACUUAGCAAACCCAGGUGGAGGCUUGUGAUUUCCAGCACUUCACCAAUCGCUCCAGUACCAACAGAUGUUUUGUCUUCAUUCUGAGCUCGAUAAACUUUGCUGCC